ACCUUGGUCCGCCGAACAUGUUCGUCCGGAGGCGCUUUAUAUACUCUAAGGUGUAAUAGAUCUGAACGAAUUUCCUCUAAAGCGCCGAAGAAAACCAGGAAAGUACCCAAAGAUUGCCCAUGCUUCAUGUAUGUGCACAUCAGCAAGAAAGGGCAAGUUAACGCUCAUGGAUGUUUCGGUCAUGCUGGCCAUGAUAUCAACGUUGCUCUCCUUCGCAGAACGCAUUCGCAAGAACUCUAUCUCAAGGACCUUUUAGAACAUUACUCCAUAGGUGAUAUUCUUGAUAGGCUGAAGAAGCAAUUCUCGCCGCAGACCAAGCUUUAUCACGUCACACGUGGUGAUCUCUGGACCAUUGUUAAGAAAUACAAAAUUGCCAUAGCUGCUAAGGGUUCGAAAAAUAACUGGCGUUGGCCAACACUCGGUGAAAGGAGGUUGCGAAAGAGAGUUGGAGAUGGUGGAAUCACUGAAGCGAACGAUGCUAAACGUCCAUCUAUAUGA